CCCCUUUUUUUAAGCCUCAGCAAAACCCACUUUUGAAUAGUUGCAGUCGCCAGUCUCGCCUUCUUUUUCCAAGCACUACUGUGUCGUAUCUGGGUCUGAAUUUCAUACCGUUACCUCCAUGCACCGCCUCCGCCGCCUCCGUGCUCCGACACCACAUGCCGCAUCUUCAUUCUCAUACCAUCUCCACACGGUCCCUACCCACCCUCCGACCCUAACAUCACCGUGCCUCUCCGACCCAAACUUUCGAUCACAAGUCUCCUCGCUAAUCACUAUCCAACAAUGGUCCAAACUCGAACCACUCAUCCAACCAGCCAACCCAACCCAGUUUCUCCAACAACUCUUUGAGUUCAACUUCCCCUCGGAUAUCAUUCUCGCUUUUUUGCAAUGGUCCCAACACGCUUUUAAGGUAACCCACUCUCUGGAAGACUACAUCAAACUCUUCAUUCUAUUAGCAAAUGAUAAAAGGUACCCCAAGAUCCGAUCUUUACUGCAUAAACUCUUGAAACAAGCGAAUAUCGUUUCAAAUUCUGCAUUUUUUAGUACCCUUUUAAAUUUUAGCGACAAUUCAUGUGCUAAUAGUAUUAUUGUGGAUAUGUUGAUAAUGACUUACGCCAAUAAUGGAAUGUACAAUAACGCGUUGGAGGCGUUUAAGAGGGCGGGGGAUUACGGGUUUAAGUUAUCUGUAUAUUCGUGCAAUUUAAUGUUGGGCUCGUUGGUGAAGGAGGGUAGAGUUGCAAGCUUGGAAUUUGUGUAUAAGAUGAUGAUUAGGAGGAGGAUUGAGUUUAACUUGAUCACGUUUAAUAUUGUGAUAAAUGGGUUGUGCAAGGCAGGGAGAUUAAAUAGAGCCGGUGAUGUGGUAGAGGAUAUGAAGGUCCAUGGGGUGAUGCCAAAUGUGGUAACCUAUAAUACAUUAAUUGACGGUUACUGUAAGAGAGGUGGGCCGGGGAAGAUGUACAAAGCCGACACCUUAUUGAAGGAAAUGGUGGAGAGGAGGGUGUGCCCAAAUGAGAUCACUUAUAAUACUCUUAUUGAUGGGUUCUGUAAGGAUGAUAAUUUGGUGGCAGGAGUGAGGGUAUUCAAGGAAAUGAAGCAGCAAGGGCUGAGGCCUGGCGUGAUUACUUAUAAUUCAUUGAUUAAUGGGUUUUGUGAUGAUGGCAAAGUUGAUGAAGCACUUGGUUUAAGGGAUGAGAUGGUGGAUUUCGGUUUGGAGCCAAACAUUGUUACUUAUAAUGCAAUCAUGAAUGGGUUUUCAAAGAAGAGAAUGCUGAAGGAAACUAGGGAAUUAUUUGAUGAUAUUGUGGAAAAAGGGGUGGCAGUCAAUGUGUUAACAUUUAACACAUUGAUUGAUGCCUACUGUAAAGCAGGAAAAAUGGAAGAAGCAAUGGCCAUACGAGAUAUGAUGUCGGAGAGCAUGGUUUUUCCAAAUGUUUCAACAUACAAUUGUUUGAUUGGUGGUUAUUAUCUCAAUGGAAACAAAGAAAUGGCAAAUAAGCUUUUAGAUGAAAUGGGGGAGAAGAUCAUAAAAGCUGAUGUAGUGACCUAUAACAUACGGAUCGAUGCAAUGUGCAAGAAUGCUGAAACCAGAAAGGCAGUUAGACUUCUUGAUGAAAUGUCUGAGAAGGGAUUGACUCCGAGUCAUGUAACAUAUAACGCUCUGAUGGCUGGUUAUUGCCGGGAAGGAAACCCAAAUGCAGCUUUGACGGUGAGGAGAAGAAUGGAGAAAGAAGGAAAAUCACCAAACGUUGUGACAUAUAAUGUGUUGAUUAAGGGAUUGUGUGAGAAAGGCAAGCUAGAAGAAGCAAACCGAUUUCUUAAUGAGAUGUUAGAGAAAGGAUUGAUACCUAACCGGAUAACCUACGACAUCAUUAAGGAGGAAAUGAUGGAAAAAGGAUUUGUUCCUAGCAUAGAUGGGCAUCUCUACAAUGACAGUAAAAUCUCCAAGCUUGAGAAAUAUUAAUGGGAAUGAACAUUCCAUUUUCUUUUGAUAUCAACUGUAAGAUGUGCGGGAACCAAAACUAGUUUGAACCAUAUCUACCAGGCUUUUACAUAUUGUAUUUAGGAUCAUUUAUUCUUCCUGCUUAAACUACCAAAAUCCUUCGAGUUUUCAUUUAUAACCAUGACUAGGAUUACAGGCCACCAAAGUCAUGAACAUCGAGCUGGUGAAUUCACCUAUUCAAGGUUGCAGAUGAGGGGGGAUUCUCUUUUAUAUCAAUGGUGGAGCUCGAUUCACUAUCAGACAAGAAAAGAAUUUUGGAUGAAAAUCGUCCGAAAGAACCUCACAUGCAACGUUUGGAAAGGUUAGGGGUGACGGCCACAACAAAUCAAAGGUUUGGAAAAAGUCUGCUAGUGUUUCAAAGGUGCCUGUACCCUACACUUAUAAAGCUGUCGAAGGAAACCAUGAGGAGCGAUGGUCAGGCAGUGGUAAGUGGGGAUAUUAUCUGGAUGGAGUCCUGGACGAGCACAGAGGAUGCAAUCUGAUACGUGUACAAACUAUUUGGAAUCAGUAUCGAAACUGAAUAUGUUUCUCGUGACAAUUCAAUCCUGCAUUUUGUGCCAAUUGGAGAAGGGAAAUUCUUGUAUAGAGGCUAGAUUAUCACCAAUUGAGAAGAAUUCCUCAUUCUCCUUGAAGCCUGUAAAAGGUACCAUUUCUGGUCGUGGAUGGUGCGACAUGUAGAGUUGGUUAGAUAUCUAAACCUUCCCCAUGCGCAUAAUUCAGUUGAUUGUGUUGAAUGAUCAGGAGGCAUAUGGAAUAUAUGUGAAGUUGUGUUCUUGUUUAAUGCUUAUUCCUCAAAACACGCUUAAAAGGAAGUUCUUGAAUUUACAUAUUUUUUCUUUCGAUAUGAUAA